AGCUGAUCAUGCUUUUGAACGAAGUGCUUUCCUUGGAGGGACCAGCUAUUCUCUCAGAUCUGCUCUCGAGGCUCAAGUUUGCGCGAUUUCGGGCAUCUUAGCUCCCCGCCCAAUCCGUCGAUGAGCGAAUCGACAGCGGUACCGGCCUCCGGUGACGAGGCCCAGGAGGGAUUUGUGGAAAAACAUGAAAAACUUCUGCGAUUCCCGAUUUCGAAGAUACGAACGAUCAUGAAACUGGACAGUGAAAUGAACAGCGCCUCCCAAGAGGCUGUUUUCAUCGUAGCCAAGGCAACGGAAUUGUUCAUCGAAGCUAUCGCGAAAGAAACCUACAAUUUCACGCUGCAGAACCGAAAAAAAACCGUGCAAAGACGAGACGUCGAAUCGGCCAUAGACUCCAUCGAGGUGUUCUCGUUUUUAGAAGGAUGCUUGGAUUGAAGGACGCGCGACGGCCCGAUCCCCUCCAGCGAGCCUGUUUGCCAGAGAAGUUCACGGGGGUCGUGUAAAUUCUGUAAAUAAAUGGUACAUUCUCGCU